UAGGAUUAGAUUAUGUCUGGACCUGUGCAUUCAGAAAAAGACAGGGCUAUUCAUUUUCCAACCUUAAAUAGAUAGAAAGCAAUGUCGCCAUAUGUUAUCGUCUAAAUUUUACGUUUUUAAUCUUUAUUUUGCUGCAAUCCAUGUUCAUUUUUUUCCAAUGAUUGUCCUAUCCAUAUUUUCAUGGCGGAAACUAAAAUAAUUUAUCAUAUCGAUGAGGAGGAGACUCCUUACUUAGUAAAACUGACGGUUUCACCAGAGAAAGUCACACUAGCAGAUUUUAAAAAUGUCCUCAACAAUCGACCAAUUAAUAACUUCAAAUUCUUCUUUAAAUCCAUGGAUCAAGAUUUCGGAGUGGUCAAAGAGGAAAUCUCCGACGACAACGCCAAACUGCCCUGUUUCAACGGGAGAGUGGUAUCCUGGUUGGUUCUGGCUGAAAGCACACACUCAGAUGGCGGCUCCCAGUGCACAGAGAGUCACCCUGAUUUACCACCUCCACUGGAAAGAACAGGAGGCAUUGGUGACUCUAGACCCCCAUCCUUCCAUGCCAAUGCUGUAAACAGUCGGGAUGGUUUGGACACAGAAACGGGUACAGAGUCUCUCCUUAGCCAGCGUAGAGAGAGAGAGCGAGAACGCGCCCGCAGAAGGGCACGAGAGACUGAGUUUCCUCGAGUGAACGGUCACUCCAAAUCAGAGCGGCCAGCCCGUGACACGGUCGUGGGCUAUGAAAGCGCGUCUAUGAUGAGCAGCGAGCUGGAGUCCAGCUCCUUUAUUGAUAGUGAGGAAGAUGAGGAUGCUAGCAGACUCAGCAGCUCCACAGAGCAGAGCUCCUCAUCCCAACUCAUGCGAAGACACAAACGCCGGCGUAGGAGACAAAAAGUCACUAAAAUGGAUAGGUCAUCUUCCUUCAGUAGUAUCACAGACUCCACCAUGAGCCUCAACAUCAUUACUGUUACUCUCAACAUGGAGAAGUACAACUUCCUGGGUAUCAGUAUAGUGGGCCAAAGCAAUGACCGUGGUGAUGGAGGAAUCUACAUUGGCUCCAUCAUGAAAGGUGGAGCAGUGGCAGCUGAUGGCAGGAUAGAGCCUGGAGAUAUGCUUUUACAGGUAAAUGAUGUGAACUUUGAGAACAUGAGUAAUGACGAUGCCGUAAGGAUCCUCCGAGAGAUUGUUUCCAAACCUGGUCCAAUUAGUUUAACAGUGGCUAAGUGCUGGGAUCCAUCUCCACGUAGCUACUUUACCAUCCCCAGAGCUGAGCCUGUGCGACCCAUAGAUCCUGCUGCUUGGAUCUCCCACACUACAGCUCUGACUGGGCCGUAUCCUCAUUAUGGUAGGCUGGAUGGCUGUGUAUCGUUUGCUCUCUUUCAUUUUUCAGAGUUUGAUGACUUGUCCCUCUCAGCAGCUAAGACAGACAUGGGCACGAUAGUGAAGGUGAUGCAGUUGCCUGAUUCAGGGUUGGAGAUAAGAGACAGAAUGUGGCUGAAAAUCACCAUAGCGAAUGCUGUCAUUGGUGCGGACGUGGUAGACUGGUUGUAUUCGAGAGUGGAAGGCUUUAAAGACAGGCGGGACGCUCGAAAAUACGCCAGCAGCCUAUUAAAACAUGGCUACCUGAGACACACUGUCAACAAAAUUACUUUUUCUGAGCAGUGCUAUUAUACCUUUGGAGAUUUGUGUCAAAAUAUGGCAUCCCUCAACCUGAAUGAAAGCUCUAGUGGUGGGGGGUCAGAGCAUGAUACUCUGGCCCCUCUGCCCCCUCUUGGCACCAACCCGUGUCCUAUGGGGGGGCAGCCAUUCUCCUAUCCUGGCUACUCCGCCGCACCUCCCGGCUUCCCUCCUGGAUACACAGACCCCUGCCACAGUUUCCACAGCGGCAGCGCUGGCAGCCAGCAAAGUGAAGGCAGCAGAAGUAGUGGCUCUAAUCCCAGUGCAGGGAAAGGACGACGUCCCUCCCCUCGAGAGAAGGACCACAAGUCAUGUGUUGGCAGCGAAUCAGAGCUGGGCACAAGGGGGGGAAGGCACAGUGAGAGGUCAGCCAGCCAACUGAGCCAUCAAAGUCACGUUUGUUCCUGUGUCAGUCAAACUCAUUCUAGCCAUAGCCACGCCCCCUCUGUCUAUAGCCAUACCCAGUCUCACAGAAGCCAUGGUCUCUCCCAGCACACUCAUAUCCCUUUUUCAUAUAGCCAAGCCCCUUACGCUCAGCCCAAUCAGUUUUCCUGUGCCCACAGUGAUAGGAGCCACGCCUCCUCUUACGGCCCCCCAGGCCUUCCCCCUCCUUACUGCUUGGCUCGGCUAGCUCCCAAGACCUCAGUGAGCAGCCCCCCUGGAGCCCCUCCUGUUCGUGAGUUAGCCAACGUCCCCCCUGAACUCACUGCUAGUCGCCAGUCCUUCCAACAUGCUAUGGGCAAUCCUUGUGAAUUUUUCGUCGAUAUCAUGUGACAAGACAGUGCCUUUUAACCUCACAGAACACAGGACUGACUAUCCUCCAGACUUCUCCUUGACCCUACAAAUCCUUGCUUCCUGACUGUCCCUGCACAGGCAAUGCACUCAUUAGCAGCCCAACCGAUCAUCUGCCAUUUUUUUACCCCCUGUAUAUUCCAGUAACAGAGAACUGUAAAGAACAGCACAAUUACACGUUCAGUCUCUCACAGUGCCCACUACCUUAUGCCUAACCAGCUUCUGCAACACCCUUACCUUACAAGGCACACCACGCGGAAUGAUGUCCAUAGUGAGCGAGCUGUGUUUUGGUUUACGUUAAACGCUAAUUCCAAGAUCAUCUCCUUUUUAGUCUGGAUUUUAUUCCCCGGGGUCAGACAUCACAAGCAAACAAAGAUUCCUGACUUAGAAUUCUGGACUGUCUGAGACUUUCUGAUACGUCAGUAAAUUGCUUUUGCCGGGUUGCCUAUAGGUUCCCUCCUGCCACAUACUGAAACAUGUCCGAUUAUAUUAAAAGCUGUCACAAAAGCUCUGGUGGAUGCACUACAACUGACAUUGUGAACCAGCAAGCACAAUUGUGUGACAGUUACAGUGCAUCUUAAAUAUCAGAUUUUUUUUUUAAGGCAUUUGAAAUGUUUUUGACAGCUAAUCUUUCUGUCAGUUGUCUCAAGAAAUUUUCAUGCACUGGAUUAAGAAGGGUGUUUUCAUCAUUAUUCAUGUGAUAUUUCAUAAAUAAAAGUAUCUUUAAAGCCAACUAUAGACCACUGAAUGUUAUAGUUUGUAUGUCAUACACAGGUUGUGAAAAUGAUGACUAGCCAAACUCUGUCAAAUCUAUAACAAGCACACUAUGCAUAAAAAAAAAAACGAGUGUGAAAACAUUUUAACACAAGUGUGCACAACUGUCAACACUUUCCAAAGCAUAGCUUCCGAAACAAACUAUAAGAAACGUAAUGUGACACUUAAAUGCCACUGUCAGUUGUCACAUAUUAAUGUCUUGAUGGUUGUUCAAAGACUUUAAAUACAGCUAUUGUAUACAUCACAUGGAAUGUUAUGAUUGCGUCUCCUGGGACUAUUUGCCACUGAAUAAACUGAAUGAGAUGCUCAGUUCAGGUUGAUGGCCAAUGCAUCCAACUAACACUAAGAGAGUUGUGCGAUUUGUUUUAAUUUGUUGGGGUUUUUUGUUGUUCUUGUUGUUUUGUUAUGUUUUGUUUUUUCUUCAGACAAUGGUAUGUUCCGUUCCAAAUAUUUGUUGAGAAGUCUACUGGUAAACCAGUAAUUUGUAGUUCCAGAACAUUAAUUGUCUGCAGUUAUAAUUUUCUGUUGCAUUUGUCUCUACUCCUUCUAUUCCAUACCCCAUGAGGAAGAAUCACAGGAUUCUUCUGAAUUUAUGAGCACUUUCAAAAAGGAACUGUUUGGCUCUAUAGUAUGAAACACUGUUUGAGUUGGAAGCUCUUUGCUUUAUUGUUUGUCUAAAACGAGGAAUUUAAAAAUGUA